AUGAGAACAGCUGCAAUGGCCAUAUACUACGUGUUUUUUGGGGUUGGCGGGUCCCAGGAAGUGAUCAUACUAUGCGCUUCACCGGAUACCGUACGCGAGAUCAUGCUUGCAGCUCACGAACUUGGCAUGGCCACUUCUGGCGAAUAUGUCUUCAUCAACAUCGAUGUCUCGACAGGGUCUCAUGCAGAAAAGCCGUGGGUACGAGCCAAUGAGACGAAUCAGGAGGAGAACGAGAAAGCAAAAGAAGCAUAUAGAGCGCUUAAAACGAUAUCACUGAGAAGGAGUGACUUAGAAGAGUACAAGAAUUUCGAGAAACGAGUGAAAAUAAGAGCUGAGGAGAAGUAUGACUACUCACGGAUCACCGGCAAAGAAUACGAGGUUUUUGAAUAG